GGUACAAAAUAAAUAAACAAAAUCUUAAAAAUAAAACCCCUUUCUAUACGUUAGUUUGUAGUGACAGAGUCGAUUGAUUGAUUCAGGAUUUGCAUCCAUUUCAAUUGGAAUUCUGAAUCCUGAACUCAGAACUGAAUAUUUCCGACUAAGAUGGAUACAUUGCCGACGACAUCCACGGCGGCGAAGCGAGGAGGAGGAAGAUCCAAAGUCGUUCAAACGUCAAAAUCUUCUCUCCUCUUAGCUUUCUUCUCUUGUGUUGCUUGGCUUUACGUCGCUGGCAGGUUAUGGCAAGAUGCUGAGAAUCGAAAUUUACUUGCUACUCUUCUCAAGAAGAAUUCAGCACAGAGACCUAAGGUUCUUACGGUGGAAGAUAAGUUAAUGGUACUAGGAUGCAGGGAUCUGGAGAAGAGAAUUGUGGAAGCUGAGAUGGAAUUGACAUUGGCCAAGAGUCAAGGGUACCUCAAAGGCCAACGGCUGCAAACUGCCUCUGCUGACCGUAGGCUUCUUGCUGUUAUUGGAGUGUAUACUGGUUUUGGAAGCCGAUUGAAAAGGAAUGUAUUCAGAGGGUCUUGGAUGCCUAGAGGUGAUGCCUUGAAAAAACUUGAAGAAAGAGGAGUGGUCAUACGUUUUGUAAUUGGUCGGAGUGCUAAUCGAGGUGAUAGCUUGGAUCGCAAUAUUGAUGAGGAAAACCGCUCAACAAAGGAUUUCUUGAUUCUUGAAAGUCAUGAAGAAGCUCAAGAAGAGUUGCCUAAAAAAGCAAAAAUCUUCUUUAGUACAGCAGUUCAGAACUGGGAUGCUGAUUUUUAUGUGAAAGUCGAUGACAGUAUUGACAUUGAUCUGGAGGGUUUAAUUGCACUUCUUGACCGUCGCCGUAGCCAGGAUGGCGCAUAUAUUGGAUGCAUGAAGUCAGGAGACGUGAUAUCAGAAGAGGGAAAGCUUUGGUAUGAACCUGACUGGUGGAAAUUUGGGGAUGAAAAAUCGUAUUUCCGACAUGCAGCUGGUUCACUUGUUAUACUCUCAAAGAAUUUAGCACAGUACAUUAACAUAAACAGUGUAUCUUUGAAGACCUAUGCCUAUGAUGAUACAUCAUUGGGAUCAUGGAUGAUGGGCAUCCAAUCAACAUAUAUUGACGACAGUCGCCUUUGCUGCAGUGGCAUCAGCCAAGAUAAGUUAUGCUCGGUGGCUUGAUUGGAUGAUGAGAUCACAUCCUUCACUACUUGUUUGGGAGUCUGAUGAUCAAUGUCAGUUGAAGAUUAUGUUUACGCUUUUUGAUCGAAUACACCAUUGAGAGCUUCGCAGACAACCAAUAUAACUACUUUGUAUACCUACAGUGAUCUGUUCAUUCUUUUAGAUGUUAAAAUAGCGAAAUCGACGGACUUCAGCCAUUAGAGAGCUCACCUGAUAUUUUGGAAGUGCUAUGAUAUCAUAGUCUUCCUCUGUUAUUAUUGUCUAUAUACAAAACUUAAGUUGAUGAUCAAAUAUUGAAAAGAGAAAUUCAAAGAAAGCAUAUGCGAUUAAUAUAUUGUGUAUUAAUGCAUUGAACCACAGGCAGCAAAUUAUAUUUUUCCUUUCUUUUUA